AUGAUGAAUUGCGGUGAGACCAACCGCCUGCUGCAGCUGCUGGCCUGGCGAUGCCUCGGAAAGGAUGCAACCUGCCAGUGGACGCGGCAGUUUCGCCUUCAGUAUCAUGAGCCCCAGAAAGGGUGGAUAUGGUACGCCGGAGAUGAGGGUGAGCACGUGUUUGAGGCCAAUACGGAUGCCCAAGCGGCGUUCUUCGUGCAGCUGCCCGCUAGCAAGCUGCGCAUUUGCCCGUUAGCUUGGCACCGUCGGCCAGCGUUGCGCAUCGAAGUGUUUGUCCUGCCUUCCCUGGACUUCCGGCCACGCGCGCCUCAAAUCUUCGAGUGCCUUCAAGCCCAGAUCCAGUUGGGAAAGCAAGCUCUCGGAAGAUUCAAGCUGCGGGUGGAGGCUCGCUGGCGCUGGCGGUGGUUUCAGGAGAAUUGCGAGGAUGUCGAGAAGCUGCUGAUGAAGAGAGGGACGGCAUACUGA